UACAUCAUUGCGGAUUUACAGAAAGAUAGCAAACCGUUCCUCCACGGGGAGAAACAGGGAUGACAUCAACAGACAUAUCACGGCUACAGGACAAACUUGGCUGUUAGGGCGGUGAGCAAAGGCUAAAGACGAGACUUAUUUAUUUAAUUUCUUGCAAAGAAGGUCGCUGCCUGCGUCAUUCCCCUUUAAAGCAGCUCGCCUGUGCUUGAGCAGCCGGAACUCCGCCUGGUAUCUAUUCGCCGUGCGGGGGAAAGGUAGCGCCGCAGCCUAGGAGACAGCGCCCGCUGCGGCGGAUCCUCUCUCUCAUCUGGACACAACACUGGCUCCAGCUUCGGGACACAUUGCCGGCCGCAAACUCGAGUCCUCGCCAUGGUAUCCUGGAUGAUCUCACGUCUGGUAGUGCUUAUAUUCGGCACUCUGUACCCUGCAUACUCUUCCUACAAGGCAGUCAAAACAAAAAAUGUUAAGGAAUAUGUGAAGUGGAUGAUGUAUUGGAUAGUAUUUGCAUUUUUUACAACAGCAGAGACGCUCACAGAUAUAAUCCUGUCAUGGUUUCCGUUUUACUUUGAGUUGAAGAUAGCUUUCGUUAUCUGGUUGUUGUCUCCAUACACAAAAGGCUCCAGUGUUCUGUACAGAAAGUUUGUUCAUCCGACCUUAUCCAGCAAAGAGAAGGAAAUUGACGAGUACAUAAGCCAAGCCAAAGAUCGCAGUUAUCAGACCAUGAUGCGGUUUGGCAAGCGUGGACUCAAUAUUGCUGCCAAUGCUGCAGUAACGGCUGCCGCUAAGGGUCAAGGAGUGCUGUCGGACAAGUUGCGGAGUUUCAGUAUGCAGGACCUGACGCUGCUCCGCGAUGAGGACUCUAUCCACCCGCGCAGCACCGACUCCCACAUGAGAACAUCCACAGCCAACCUUCUGGAAACAAUAAGUGAUUCUGACACACGCCGGCUUUCUUCAGGGGAAGAACUAGGAAAUGCGCAAGCUCAGAAAUCAGAUGGAGAGCAGCCAGAUGUGAAACUUGAACAAGCAGAUGAAGAUAUCGUGGACAAAGUACCAAAACGCACCCAGAGCCUUAAAGCCAGUAAACAAAAACUGCAGCGUUCAGAGCCACAAUCGAAGAGUGUAAAGUUACGUGCUAAAAAGAAGGCCACUAGCACCACCACCAGCCCCGAGUCUGCGUGAACUGGAUCACACGGGGAAGAAGCCGUACAGAGUGCCACAAGUCUUUCCAUCUGCCUUCAGUACAUCACAGAUUUGAGUCUUGCUUCAAGCAGAGAAACUGCCACAGCAUAAUGGAAGAGCUAUACCUUGUAAAUAGGAGCUUGGGCACUGUGUCUUUAGCAGGUAUGGGGGAAUGCAGUCGUCACCACAGCAUAGCAGUACUUGAGCUGUUGUUGAGGGACUAGACUUAAGUAAUCUUGCUCAGUGUUAUAUAUGCAUUUCAUCCAUGGUAUUCAAAAUAAAGUUCCACCAAAAUAUCUCGUAGGAAAUAUUAAGCCAUUCUUAUGUUUGCAAUCACCGUUAUUUCCCUCUGGAUUAUUUUUCUUCCCCCAUUUGUAUCACUUCCUGCUCCAUAUGGUCUCUGUGAAAAGGCAGCAUGGAUAAAAACUAUGAAUUUUAACGUCAGUGAAUAAAAGAGGACUAACAUUCCAGAUAGUUAGUUAGUUUGUGCCCGGAAGUGACUACGUGAGCAGCUAUUGCGAACUCGACCUUAAGGUAACCUAAAUGGUUUUAGCUUGCACUCCAAUUGAACUGAUAAAGAGAAGGAAAGCUGGCUGAGGUAUUUUGUGAUGGUACUGUAAUUUUUUGGAAUCAGGAUAUCUUAUAAACUGAAGAUACAGUAUGAAAAAUGUUUUUAAACUUGUUAUGUUUUCAGAUUUUAGUUCUGUAACCUAAUAUUUCACCUACUAAUUUAACAAACCAGCUAUCUCAAAAAAUAAAGAAAAUACAUUAAACAAAGUAAUUAGAUUUCUAAAAUGUAUCAUCAUAUUCAGAUCUUUAGAUGUCAUUGGGUAGCAGACUCACUGUAUUCAAUCAGAAUUAAAAACUAUGCACUGGAAAUUUAUUUUCAUUUAUAGAAAAUCGCAUUGCAAGAAUGAACAGGAAAGCAUGCUUAACUAACAUGCUACGAACGGAAAAAUAUGUGUGGGGGGUUAUACCUUCAUGGGAACUUGGUAGCAUUAAAAUGAAUGUGAGGGGUUUUGAAAUUUAUACCUUGAUUGAGAGGAAGUGAUUUGGGAUUCUAAAUAAUGGAAGUAGAUGGAAAGUGACUUGGGUUUGCUGGAAAUCUGUGCCGUGGAAGUGAUGAGAAGGGGAUUAUUCAUUUGGAAUUGUACAUAGUGUAUAAGGAGAGCUGGGGACUGUGAAAUAGAGAAGCCGCCAGAGAUUUGGUUCAGUGAAAGGAAACAGAUUGCUGCAUUGGAAUUCUGGACCAGGAUAUGGAAUUGAUUGUCCUUUCAAUUAUAGAACUGGGAUUCUGAAAUGGAAUCUAUUGAUGUUAUUUUCACUAAUUUCCCAGAGCUACAACUGCAUUCAGAGAUCUAGGUUCAUGUGGCCUAAUGAUGACCUGUUUUUGAAUGUCUGCAUGGUUUUCCUAUGCACUAGAAGUAGUUGAAAUAGAAUUUUCUAAUUGUUAUAUGGACAUCUAGGAUCAGAACAUUAUUACCACACUGCUUUCCAGAAUCUCCCUGUAGGUUUUAAGAGAUGAUUGGUGAUGAACCAUAAACAGUAAUUUAAUCCAUUUCUGGUGCUCUCGAAAACCAUGAGAGUGAAGUGAGAUUGAUUUAUGAACAUCAAGUUAAAAUAAACUGGCUGUCAAGUGCUUGCUAUAUUCCCUGUUCUGUGUAGCAUGCUGUUUAGUUAUUGUUCAUGUUUUAGUAUUUGCCAGUAGAUACUGUACAUAUAGUGGGGCUGAAGUAAUGUCACAUGAAUGGAAAUGAUAGUGAUGUAGGAAAUGAAGCUGUGUGAAAUCAUGUGAUUAUAACUGGAAUAUAGAUAUUUUUGCAAAUGCAUUACCAGGAUAUGCGCUAUACUGUACAUGAUGUACUAGACUGAACAAAAUGUAUAACUUUUAAUACACUGAAUAAAAGCCUUCAGUAUCACUCUAUACUAGAGGUCAGUGUAGUAAGCAUGUUAUUUCAGUGAGUGCCCUAAUUACCUCCUCCGACAUGUUUACAUGAUCGAUCAGUUUCUGUGUUAUCAUUAAUACUUCGGUUAUUUACAAUUUUUGUAAAUAGAACAUUUAAAAUUACAACUUACAAUCUCAGUUUAUUACAAACAUACAUCUGUUAGUUAGUUUACAAGGUGGUUGUUACUGAUCCAGACAAAAAUAUACCAGAUUCAAAUUCUAUCCACGUUAUUACAAAACACAUACAAAGCUGAAAGUUAUAGUUUGAUACCCAAAUCCCAAAGAGAGUAACAUACUUUUUAUGUCAUUUGAGCUGAGCAGUUCUCUCUAGCUUCUGCUUGUUGUUUUACUAGAUUUACCCACCAUCGAAAGUUGAUUGUAGUUAGAAAUACUGUUAGCAAAUGAUGGAAAAUAAAAUAUACUGGUUCUCCAUUAUUGCUGGAACAAGAUAAACCAGCCCCACUCACGUAACGGGAGAAAUGUGAAUCUAUUUCAUUGCUGUUCAGCACCUCGAAACAUUUUCAUGCUGUAAAUUUUCAAUUCACUGACAUUCACAAUGAUCAAUAGGUUUUCAUAUCAGGAACAAAUGCUGGUUUCCUGCAGAAAACUUCAUUAAUGGAAGAAUAUUUAGGCAAAACAUGAAAGAUGCAGAUGGUUAACCUAUCAGGUUCCCAUUCAUCUGAGAAUUUAUGGAGGAUGUUGUUGAUGUUGCAGUAAUUCAUUUGCACUCCAUUUGCGAGGAAUAUUGGUCUCACAAGAAGCUUUUGUCCUUUGGCAGUACAUGGUCAUUAUUUAAAGAUACUUUAGGUGAACGUGCUUGACAAAUAUCUUUCAUCUCAAUAUUGGUUAUAUGUGGUAUCUUGUUUAUUUUCAAGAUACUUAUUAUUCAAUUAAAAUUCAAUAAUUAAUUAUUGGCAUUGUGAUGGGUCUUAUCAUAGAAAUUUAUGAGGUAGGAAACCAUCCAAUUCGAGGACGUUUAUGAUCCCUCAGAUCUAUUAGUAACUGGCAAAGCUUUGCAGUGAUUUGCUUAGUAUGUAUAAUUAAGAAAAACUGAUAUUUUCAUGUCAGUCAUUCAUAAGAUAGCUCUUAUCAAAGUCUCAGGUACUCAUAUUAAUUAAAGCCCUCUGUACUUCCUCAAACUAUGUACAUCUGGAUUUGGAUGUCAGGGUUCAGCAGUGUUUAGUAUUGAUAUCCCAUGGGGAAUCCAGUGCACUAUAAGCCUCAGCCUUGUGCUUCAUGCAUAAAGACCCAGGUAUUGUUUUCUAUUAUUAUGCUAGUUCUGUGCUGACUAAUGCAUUCCUCUCAAAGUAAGAAAUAUAAUGCCAAUUAUUUUUUUCUUUCUGAAUGUUAUGCAAGAUGUUCAGUUGAGUUUACAUAAAGUCUCAAGUAGUGUGCCUCACUUGUUUUAAACUGUAUACAUUGUUUUCAUUAUCAGAUCUUGUUGCCCUUGGUGUGUUUUGUUAUUGCUGCUUUAGAGCUGGAGACUUGGCCUAGUUUUGAAAAUAAUAUACAGACACACUCUCUUCUCUGUAAUUUCACUGUACUGGGUUUCUCAUUACAUAGCUGAGCCAGGGAAGUUCCUGCUUUUAUUUCCAUUUUGCACUGUUAACUAAUCUAACUUUAGCUGGUGAAGUAGAAAAAAACAUUUAAAAAGGUCUCAAAGAAUCUGUGAAAUCAGGAACCGAUCAGUCUCCAGUGAUUCCUCAAAUCCCUUUGGUGAAGAAAGCAUCGAUGGAUCUUGAAGAAGAAUAGAUAUUGGGCUCAAAAUUCACUAAGGUGCACUGUGACAAAGCAAUGGAGGUUGGAGACGCGAUGCGUUAAAGACAGAAAACUGACGUGGAAUAAAGACUCCAAAGGAGCUUUGAGAAUUAACUGCUUUUCCAAUCACAUCUGCAGAGAAAUAAGUUUAUCCUCUUUUCCAAAAACAUUCUGAAUGCUUCUCUAUCCAUGUAACUAAUUAGUUCUCUUCAAUACAAGUCACUGUUAUUGCUAACCAUUCAUAAGUAUAUAUUAAAUUAUUCGGUGAAUAGAUUACACUGUAUAUAAUAUUUUAGGUGGUAAUGCUUUCAUUUAUUUUGCUCUCUCAGAAAAUGGUGUAAAGUUCUGUAAGAAAUUCCAUGGAGCAUGAACAGGUCUUUAUAUGGAAGUAUUUAGUCCCAUUCAACAAGAGGGUUUAGAGAAACAUAAAACAGUACAGUAUGGAGGCUGUUCAGCCCAUCAUGUCCAGGUCAGCAUCCACAGUCCACCCACAAUCUCCAACUGUUAGCUUACUGCUGGACUGUAAGCCAAAAUCCAAAGGCAGUGCUCCAAUGUCCACUCACCAAGAUCAUCUGCAACAAGGAUUCAAGUUUGCAACAAGGAUAAUUGCCGGCAUUCUCACUCCUGAAAGCAAAGUCAAGAACAUUUCCAGCUACAUACGGAAUCAGAUUUACCAGUUAAAAAAUUUACUUAGAAUGCAGGGAACAAAUUGGGAUAUUCACAGCAAUUUCCUACAGGAAUCUUUCGGAGCCCGAUGCAUUUCCUCCUCAUCCACAUUGCAGAAAACCUGGGCAAUUCUAAAUACUAAGUCUUGUUUAAAUUGCACAGUUAUAUUCUAGCAGGAUAAUAACCACUAAAUGGAAACCAAUAAACAAGAUUAAUAUUAAUGAAAUAAAUAACCAAACAUUAUUAUUUUCCUCUGAGGUACUACUUAUUUUCAGCUGUAAGAUAAUAGUAAAUAGAACCCCAAUUUUCCAGGUGAGCAAUCUCUUGACUAAGUGCCACUAACAUUAAUUCUUGUAAGUGGCAUGUACUCAUAACACUUUGUUUGGAAUGUCACUCUUCUCCUCACGAAUGGCACUGGGACCCUGGAAAUAAUCUGCUGAUGCUAACUUCCAUUUUGUCCUUAGUCCUUGUGUUGGAAAUUGCCUCAAUGGUCCAGCAAGCAAAGACAGCCCACAAAUAAAGUAUCUUUCCACCCUCAUCCAUGCCGUAUGACCUAUGCAACAAUUUAAUCAAGUUUCUCCUGCUACUCUACUACCACAGAAGUGGCAGUACCCACUGUUAAACAUGCAAUGGAAAAUUAUUUAUUUUAUCAUAAGGUCAGUUCCUCUAGGGAUUUGCACAGUAGCAUAUUAAUAUUCCUAACCACCCACCCAGUGUUACAAGAGCCAUGUACCUAUAGCUGGCAAGUCAAAACAAUAUGUCAAAGCUUUUAAGGAUUACAUUUUAACACCUGAAUUCAUCUUUACGGCAGUUAGUAAUAUGCAUCAUCUCUCACCUUUUCAAUGCUCCAGAUCAUUUAAUUAUACAAAGAAAUGUGUGGGAUUCAAUGUCAUCUCUAGGUUGCAACCACGACGAUAUAGGGCAGGUAUGUUGAAUAGGUUGAUGUUUUCGUGUACUUCUCUAUAUGUUUGGAUCUAAUUGUCUUCCUUAUCUACGUUUCUCUUUCAUCUGUCCUUUCUCUUUGUUUACUCUCAUAUUUCCCACUUGAUUCUGUCAUUUUUUCCAUCCUGUUUCUUUCUUUCUCUCCCAUCCCCUGCACUUACACUGUUUAAAACAUAAUGCAUAUUUAACAAUUUCAUAAUUUUCUAACUUAUGUAUAACAAUGGGUUUCAUGAGCAAAAUUGUAGGAAUCCAUCGUCAGUGGACUUGGCUCUGACAGCAUAUAUUGAUCAGAAAAGGAAUAUAUUUAUGUCAACAUCAUUGUAAUUAAGAAGAUGCAUCCUAGUUGUUGUGAAACCACACUUGAUAUGUGAACUGAAUAAUCUUCAAUUGCUCGUGUACACUUCUCAAUGGAACUUGCAGCUUACUUGUUGUGGUUACCCCACUUAAUUACAACUAGUAAAACCUAAUCUGGAUCUAUUAAUCUACAGAACAGGUUUGAAGCUUACAUGUGGAUUUAAACCCACACUAUACCAGAACCAAAAUGAGCCAAAUCACUUUCCAUUCUGCAACAAUACUGUACCUCUUCAGUCUCCAGCUCAAGCUUCCUUAUUAACCAUUUUACAGUGCCUUGUAAAAAUAUUCAUCCCCCCAGCCCUUUAUUCACAUAAAUGAGUAUUACAACCAGGGAUUUUCAUCAAAUUAACUGAGAAUUUUAUUUGUGAAUCACAUGCUCCUUUUUUCCCAGUAGAGCCCCAAAAACAGAGAAAAACUAAAAAUUCAAAAACUGAAAUGUCAGCAGUUCCAAAGUAUUCAUCCCCGUUCACUCAGUACUUAUUUGAACCACCUCUUGCAGCUAUUACAACCAGUCGUUUUUUUGAAUAAGUCUGCAUUAGCUUUGUACAAUGUGAUGGCGCAAGAUUUGCCCGUUCCUCCUCAUAAAAUUGUUCAAGCUGUGCCAGGUUAGCUGGGGAGUGGCAGUAGACACCUAUCCUGAGGUCUUGUCAGUGAUGUUUGAUUGGGUUAAGGACAGGACUCUGACUGGGCCAUGCAGGGGGAUCAGUUUUCUUCAUUUGAAGCCACUCCAUAGUUGUUCUGGCAGUGUGCUUUGGGUCGCUUUCUUACAGAAGGGCACACUUCCGCUCCAAUUUAAGCUUUCUGGCAGAGGGUAGCAGGUUUUUAUCCAGGAUCUCUCUGUAUUUAGCAGCAUUCAUCUUCCCAUCAAUCCUGACCAGAUUUCCAGUCCCUGCUACUGAAAAGCAUCCCCAUAGUAUGAUGCUACCUUCACCAUACUUUCCAGUAGGGAAGGUGUUACUUGGCGGAAGAUUAGAUUUACGCCACAAGUACUGCCUAGUGUUGAGGCCAAAAAGUUCCAAUUUAGUCUCAUCCAACCACAAAACCUCAUUCCACAUCUUUACAACAUUUUCUAAAUUAUGCUUUGCAGAGUCUUUAAGGACAAGGAUGCUUUUCUGUUUUAAUCGGGGCUUCUUCCUUGCUACUUUUUUUUGCAAGGCCGUGGAGGUUGUGGAGCCAUGAACUUCAUCUCCAGUUGCAGCCACUGACUUUUGCAGUUCACUCAGAGUGACUGUUGGCAUCCCAGUCGCCUCUCUGAAAGUGACAUUCCACUCCAGUGAUUAAGGAGAGCGGAGGAGUGGCCUACCCUAGGCAGUGUGUUUUCCCACUUUUUCAUGAUGGUACUCUGAGGUAUGUUCAGUGCCUUUGAAAUUGUAUUGUAUCCUUCCCCAGAUUUGUGCUUCUCUAUAAUCAUUUUCUGACUUAUCUUGAAUACUCUUUUGUCUUAACUUUGGUUUGAUCUAUUGAAACUCUUCCUUACUGUUGCACCUUACAGAGAGGGGGGGUAUUUAUCCUUAUUAAUUCAUUGAAAACAGGAGAUCCUCUAAUUUUCUACAUAACAAACUGGGUGACUUGGUAAGGUAAUAUACAAUAUUGCACCUGAGGAACAUUAGCCUAGUAAUUACAAAGAGGAUGAAUACUUUUUCAUCCUCACAAUUUUGAUGUUUAAUUUUUAAUAAAUUAUUGACAGAUUUUGGAAUUUUUCUCUUGAUUUGACAUGAUGUACAAUGUCUUGUAGAUUAGCUCAAAAACACCCUACUUCAACAUUUAAAUUAAGUUUAAAUUUAGAAAAUGAGACAGUAAGAUGUGAAAGUAGUUGUGGGGGUUGAGUACUUUUUCAAGGCACUGCAAAACUUUACAGUCAACAUAAAUGCAAAGGUGAAUUUCUGUAACAACCGUUUAAAUGCCAAGCCAAGAGGUGCACAUUAUUUAUCAAUAGUUGUGACUAACUGGUAGUGAUGUUUUUUAUGUGUAUAUAUAGUUUAGCAGGAGUUGCAUUUUCUGUAUUUUUUCUAAACUGCACAUGCCCUUACCUGGUUUGUAAACCAGUAUUUGGUUACUUAACAGUAUAUAUUUAACAAUGUAAUGUCUAUUUGAAACUGCAUAAUUAAAAG